GCUGAAUUCGGGAUGGCCACUGUUCAGUUUACUGGAUAUUCUUGGACAGGUAUGAACUGCAAAAGUAUCGCACUAGUAGUAACCAGCCAUGCUCCGGCUGCCGCCGGAGCGCAAGGCUGUUGGGCCGGGGCAAGACUGUUUGCCGAUCGGACCACAACCCCACGGGCCUAUGUACAACGAAACAUACUGCAUUCGUGCCGCCGGUUUGCGCCGCGCCAACCCGCAGGACCACUUGCGCGCUUCCCGCGCCUGCGGGCGCUCGGCGCAGGGAGCAGCUGCAAAGAACACCGGGGGCGAACAGAAGGCGCGCGGCGGGAGAGGAUAGCGCGAGAGGGUGGCGCGAGAGGGUAGCGCGAGAGGGUGGCGCGAGAGGGUGCGCGAGAGGGUGGCGCGAGAGGGUGGCGCGAGGGGGGCGCGAGAGGGUGCGCGAGAGGGUGGCGCGAGAGGGUGGCGCGAGAGGGUGCGCGAGAGGGUGCGCGAGAGGGUGGCGCGAGAGGGUGGUGGGGACGGGCACCGAACAAAACAAGUCCGCGAAUGGCCUGCAGUGCCAAAUAUGGGUAGUGCCAUGCGGAUUCGCGCCCGCCACUUUGUGUCUUUACCCUCUCGCAGACCUCUCGCAGACCCUCUCUUUUACCUCUUUUGGGGGUCCCCGCUAAUAGUCCGGCUAUACUCGCGGGUAGAGGUCGACAGAGGUGGCCGAGAGGUGGCCAAGAGGGUCCGCGAAAGGUCGCCCCUUAUUCGCGCCACCUCUCUCGACCUCUGUCGACCUCUCGCGCCCCCUCUUUUUGACCUCUCUGCACCCUCUGAGGCACUUAGGCGCCGCCUUAAGGUGGGGCCUUCGGCGGGCUAUACUCGCGCACCCUCUCGCCGACCCUCUCGAAAGGGGUCCGCGCCACCUCUCCACCUCUGUCGACCUCUUUUUUACCUCUUUUGACCUCUUUUUGACCUCUCGGCCACCUCUUGUUUACCCUCUGUCUACCUCUUUUUUCGCAUGAAUAUAAUGUAUAGUAAUUGCAAUACAAAUUAGCUCAGCAUGACAAAUUGAAUUUGUCAUGCUGUUUUGCCUUGGGAUAAAGAUUUGUAAUGCAUGAUUGCGAUUACUGCGAGUGCGAUACUUUUGCACAGGAUAAUAAGUCUCCAGGUACGAAGUGGACGUCAUGAAGUACCCGGCGCCGUAUGACACUGCACCACAACCCUCCCCCUCAUUUGUCAUGCAAAAUUCCCAAUUUACGCCUUGGCCCGUGUUGGCACUGGUUGCAUGACAAGUUUCUUUCAGCAGCCCGAACAGCUAUACACUCCUGUCCAAAUAAUUUGUCAUGCAAAACCUGUAUUCUUGCUGAGGACACUUGUGCUCGUAUUUUUGCUGUUCAUGCAAUACAAAUGCGGGCGAGGCGGAGUUGUGCACUUUCAUACGCCGACUGGUGUUGGCAUCAGCGGCUUGAGCAUGGACAUGACGCCGGCGUUCGUAGAUUCUCCGUUUGUGGAAAUAGUAGGGGAGGCAGCAGGGGCAGGAACAGCAGGAGUCCAGCGCAG